AUGCAGCCUACCCCCUCCAACCUCUCCACCACCAUCUGGCCUGCCCCCUUCCUUCUUGUGGGCAUUCCAGGCCUGGAAUCGCUGCAUGUGUGGCUGGCGGUGCCCUUCUGCUCCUUGUACCUGAUGGCUGUCCUGGGCAACUGCACCCUUCUCUUGGUCAUCAAGACGGACCCGAGUCUGCACCAGCCCAUGUUCCUCUUCCUGUCCAUGCUCUCCCUCACGGACCUGGUGCUGUCCACUUCCGCCCUGCCCAAGAUGCUGGCCAUCUUCUGGCUGGGGGCUGGGCACAUCGCCUUCGGGGCCUGCCUGGCCCAGAUGUUCUUCAUCCACUCCUUCACCGCCAUGGAGUCCGGGUUCUUCCUGGCCAUGGCCUACGACCGCUACGUGGCCAUUUGUGACCCCCUGCGCCACACCACUAUCCUCACCAGCACCCGCAUCGUGGUGAUUGGGAGUGCCGUGCUGCUCCGGGGGGUGGUGUUCUUCUCCCCACACCCCUUCCUGGUGGGCCAGCUGACCUUCUGCAAGUCCAGGGUCAUCGCCCACAGCUACUGCGAGUUCAUGGCUGUGGUCAAGCUGGCCUGUGCGGAGACAGACGUCACCAAGGCCUACAGCCUGACCGUAGCCUCCCUCAUUGGAGCCACUGAUGUUCUCUUCAUCGGGCUCUCCUACGGGCUGAUCCUGCGCUCCAUCUGCCGCCUCCCCUCCAAGGAGGCUGGUCUGAAGGCCCUGGGCACCUGCGGGUCCCACAUCUGCGUCAUCCUUGUCUUCUACACCACAGCAGUCUUCACUUUCCUCACCCACCGCUUCAGCCACGGCAGCAUCCCCCAUCACGUCCACAUCCUCAUCGCCAACACCUACCUGCUGGUGCCACCGACGCUGAACCCCAUUAUCUAUGGGGUGAGGACGAAGCAGAUCCGGAACCGGGUGCUGCAGGGUCUCCACUGGAAGCGGCCUAACUAG